AUGUUUGUGUUGCACAAUGGACAGCUUUCCGACUACUUCGAUGUGCGUCAAGGAGUGAGAAAAGAAGAUGUCGUGUCACCAAUUCUGUUUUUGCUGGCGAUUGACGAUGUGAUGACUGCCACGGUGGGAACAAAUGAAAGACACUGUGUUCUUGGAAAAGAAAAUGAAAGAAAGCUAGCAGAUCACAUAAAAAAAUUAGCGGCUGCAGGAUUUGGUGUUGACAGAGAAGGAAUUAGGAGCUUGGCGUUUAAGCUAGCGGAGAAAAUGAAUAUCAAACACAAAUUUAACUCAACUAAAAAAAAAGCUGGAUAUGCAUGGCUUGCCUCCUUUUUGGAAAGGAAUAAAGACAUUUCAUUAAGACAAUCCGAAGGACUUUCCCUUUCCCGUGCUCAGGGUAUGAAUCGAUCGUCAGCAAAUGACUUUUUUGAAGUUCUUCACAAAGUUUUAACUGAGAACAAUUUAAUGGACAAACCUGGAAAUAUAUUUAAUAUGGACGAAAGCGGAUUACAACUGAACAAUAAACCGGGAAAGGUGUUAACGCAAAAAGGUGUUAAGGACGUUCAUGUGGUAACUGCUAAGGAGAAAGGAGAAAAUGUCACUGUUGUAGCAUGUUGUAACGCAGAGGGAAACUUCUUACCACCUGUUUUGAUAAUGAAAGGAGUAAAUAGAAAAGCAGAGUUUAUGGACGGAUUACCAAGUGGCUCCGAUGUUUACAUGAACAAAAAAUCAUCGUACAUCAAUACUGAGUUAUUUUUUAGAUGGUUGAAAGAACAUUUCAUGCCACGAAAACCUGUAGGUAAGACACUGUUAAUCUUGGAUGGUCACACGUCUCACAGCAACGCCUUGGAGAUGCUGGAAUUUGCUGAAAACAACAAAAUCAUUAUCCUCUGCUUACCAAGUCAUACUACACAAGCACUGCAACCUUUAGAUCGAAGUUUUUUCAAGCCAUUAAAAUCGUUUUUCCAUAACGAAGCCAAGGCUUGGAUGAACCAUCAUAAAAAUAGAACCAUAACGAGAUACCAGGCUGGGCAUUUAAUUGGGAAUGCAUGGGAGAAAGCAGCGUCUGUUGGAAAUGGAGCUUCAGGUUUCAGAGCCACAGGAAUCUACCCUUUUAAUCCUCAAGCUAUUCCAGAUCACUUCUUUAGCAUAUCAGACUCAGCUGCAGUCGAGGUUCAGCAAUCGGCAGCUCUUCCGUCAGAAACGAUCGUUUUAUCUCCUGAAUCGAACUUGGAGCCGGUAAUUCCAACCACCAGCAAUACAUCGCACAACUGUAAUCAUUCUGAAAAUGAAACACACACUUCAACAUGCUUCAAUAAACCUACGCCAACAAAACUACUUCAAGAAAUUUCACCACUGCCCAAAAUUCCAGCGCUGACUUUUUCAAGAAGAAGACAGAAGGCAGAAGUCUUAACUUCACCCAGCUCAAUAGAAAAAAAGAAGAAAAUUAAGUCUCCAAAGCCCCAAGAAGAAAAAAAAGCUUCAAAAAGGAAGAUUGAGCCGGCUGCGAAUCCUAAUGUCUGUGCGGAAUGUUGGGAAAAUUAUUUUUUGACAAAAAAAAGAGAGGAUUGGAUUCAAUGUUCAAAAUGUAGUAAGUGGCUACAUGAAAAUUGUACACGCUACAAAAAACCAGAAUUUUCCCUCUGCACAGACUGUGGACGUGAUGAGGAACGAAAAAAACAUGCUGGAGAUAAAACAAAAUAA